GGAAUCGUGCUGAUGACGUUGGCUAUCUAGAAAGAAAGAAAACAAGAACCCAUCAUGGCGGACUCCGAGGAGGGAUCUACCGUGUAUUUGGCGAUAAGCAACAUUCCUGUUGCUCUACGCUCCGCGGAUUUGAGAAAUUACUUCAGCCAGUUCAUAGAGAGCGGCGGGUUUCAGUGUUUCCACUACCGGCACCGACCGGAGGUCCUCAGGGAGACCGAAGCGGCCGCGGAGCCCGCGCGCAGCGACGGCGAGGAGGGCAGCCCCGAAUCCCGGGAGACCGACCGAGCCGCGUCCACGGCGCGCGGCCCCGAGGCGAAGCGGGCGGUCAAGACGUGCUGUUGUGUCGCCUCGCUUCACGCCAAAGAUGCCGACAGAUUCGUCAAGAUGUACGCGGGGAACCACUGGAUCGACCCGAAGGGGAACUGGCUGUCUAGUCGUUGUGUCAUUAAACGAGUAACGGCUUCACGUGACGGUGAUGAUGGGUCAUUCCCCUAUAAAUCAAAGCAGGAGCAGCGCCACAGGGUGUCCUUAACAGAGCGUUUCACAGAGGCAGACCUCCAGAGUUUACCCGAGCUGAAUCCCCCAUCUCUAAUGCAGAAUGGGAACGUUGGCACACCGGUGAAAGUGUUCCUGCAGCUCAUCCAGUCGUGCCGUCUGCCGCCGCGUCUCAUCCGCAAGUUGGGCCUCACUUUCCCCAAGACCAGCUCCAGCCGCCGUUACGGCAACGUCCCUUUCCAUUAUCGCGACUCUUGGACUCUUCCAGCCACAGAAGAGACAGUAUUCACCGCUGCUGGACAUGAAAUAUCAGGACCAGGCACUUACGCAGCUCCACCCUUAAGACGGAGGAAGCUUGUUGGUCAUGCAGCAACGACAGAGAAGGAUGAACCACAGAAAGAGGAAGAACAGGAAGAGGAGGAUGCACACUCAAAUGCGGAUGACGAUGAUGAUUUCUGCGAGGAGUGGGAGCGCCAUGAGGCUUUGCACGAGGAUGUGACGAGCCAGGAGCGGAGCAAAGAGAGGCUGUACGAAGAAAGGAUCGAGUUAAAGUGGGAGAAGGGCGGCUCGGGGCUGGUGUUCUACACUGACGCCCAAUACUGGCAGGAGGAAGAAGGAGAUUUCGAUGAGCAAACUGCAGACGACUGGGAUGUUGACAUGAGUGUUUACUAUGACAAAGAUGGAGGGGAUAUGGAUGCCCGUGACUAUGUCCGAAUGCGGUAUGAAAAAAGGCUGAGGGAGGGUCUUGAAGAUGGAUCUGGACAUAAUCAGUCUAUUGGAAGCUUUGAAAAGUUUACUAAGGGCUUUGGUCGGCGUUUCAUGGAAAAGCAGGGCUGGAAGGAUGGUGACGGAUUGGGAAACAGUCAGAUUGGGAUUCCUGAUGCCCUGGAGGGUGACGGUCAACAUCCCAAUUGUAAAAGAGGCUUUGGGUAUCAUGGAGAGAAACUUUUCUUACAUUCUGUAAAGAAGGCCAGGACAGAUUUUCAUAUAAGUACAGUUUAUGACAAACCCAAAAACAUCGAUGGAGGGGACACCUUGCUGAGGCGUCAACCCAACACUAGUAUGAAGUACAGAGGCUGGCAGCCGGGUGGCACCAUUGGACCACAACGAUAACGUUUCAUUUAUUUUUAUUACAUGGCUUUUUGUAUUUUUUAAAACUGUUAUUAAAGAUUUUUUUGAAAACUUUCA